CGCCAUUGGUGGGACCCGCUGUUGGUGACGUAGACGGUAGAAACGAGGAAGUUUUGACGGUCUAAACGGAAAAACAACAACAACAACGUCGCCGUCGGUAACUGCCUAGUGUCAGCGCCGGAGGGACGUCACCGGACUCCGAGGGCAGCAUGUUUCGUAGUCUGGGCACAUGGCUGGGCUUGGACCCCGAGUCAGACUCACAGUCUCCGGGGGAGAAGAGUCAGCAGACACCGAGCACAGAGGAAGAGGGAUCCGCAGCUACCGAGCAGGGGGAGCGCGAAGAACCUGGCGAGACGUCACCUGAGGAGACGGAUGAUGUGCUGCUCAGACAGGCCAAGGGCUUAGGCAAUUAUCUCUUUAACAUGGCUUCAGUCGCAACGAAAAAGAUCUCCGAAUCGGUUACUGAAACUGCUCACACCAUCAAGAAGUCUGUUGAAGAUGGAAAAAUUGAUGGCAUCAUUGACAAGACCAUCAUCGGUGACUUCCAGAAAGAACAGGAAAAGUUUGUACAGGAGAAGACAAAUAAAAAGACAGAAGCUGCCGUUCCGCCUUGGGUUGGCUACAGUGAGGAAGAAACAAUUCAACAGCAGAUCCUGGCCUUGUCAGCAGACAGAAGAAACUUCCUUAGAGACCCUCCUGCCGGUGUCCAUUUUAAUUUUGACUUUGAGCAGAUGUACCCUGUUGCCCUUGUGAUGCUUCAGGAAGACGAACUGCUGAAUCGUAUGAGAUUUGAUCUGGUUCCAAAACUUGUAAAAGAAGAGGUAUUUUGGAGGAAUUAUUUCUAUCGGGUGUCUCUGAUAAAGCAGUCUGCACAGCUGACUGCACUGGCUGCCCAGCAGGCUACUGGAAAGUCUGAUAAGACAAACGGCAAGCAAAGUGAUGCUGACUUAGAAGAAACUGUAAGACCAAAGACUCCACCAGUAGCUAUCAAGUCUCCACAUAAAACUCAGGAGGAAGAAGAGGAGAUUUCUACCAGUCCUGAAGUUUCAGAAUUUGUAAGUGAAGCUUUUGACUCUUGUAACAUAAAUCAGGAAGACCUGAGAAAAGAAAUGGAACAAUUUGUUCUGGACAAAAAAGAUGAACUCGACACUGCAGAAGAGGAAUCAGAAGACUGGAUAAAGGAAUUGCAGCAAGUGGUUCAGGAAUAUGAAGUAGUCUCUAGCACAGAUAAAAUGAAGGAUGAGAACUGGGACAAGGAGAUUGAGGAACUUCUCCAAGACAAUUAACUGUUUCUUUUCUCUGUGGUUUCCUGGAAAGCUACUUUGCUGAAAUAUAACAUUAGCCAUUCCUGCAUAAUGCAAACUACUCCUGACUCUGUGAAAUGAUGUUUGGGAUUUUUGUGGGGUUUCUGUGAUACACUCUGAGGAUUGCAGUUGAACUUUUCAAUAUGCCAGCUGGAAAAGUAAUGCAAUUCACAUGGACCUAUGGGAAAUCUCUUCCGUUAUGACCUUUUCUGAUAUGGUUUUAUUAUCUAAAACUAUUUUAUAAGUGAUCCUUUAAUGACUUGAGCAAUGAUUUUAACUUGGGGCAUACCGGUUUUCAAUUUACAGAUAUUUUUUUUUUAAACUAAAAUUUAGUUCACUUUAAAUAAAGGUUAGCCCUGAAAUCUAUACCGUGUUUACCGCUUUAUAAGAUAGCAGUGUGUCUUAUAAAGCGAAACUAGUGAGCAGGAGGUGUGGAGAGCGGUCAGUGUACUAAUCGCUCCCUGGUAUUCCUUCAGGCGCUGCACUAGCCUUACUGUGUACAGGGUUAGGACACACGCACACUAUGGCCUAAUGUUGUAUGCAGCCUUGAAUGCAGGAUAGACCGCCGGAUCUGCAUAGUGGCGGCGGAGCAGGAGAGGUAAGUUAAUUAUUUAUUUUUUUAUCUCUGAUGUGGAUCUGAUCUGAGGAAAAAAUUUUUCUUUUUAUUUUCUAAAACCUUUCAAUAAUUCUCUGAUGCCAAAUAAUAGGUUAUAUGUACUUUGGCCAUAUUGGCAAUUACAGCAGACACUUCAGAAAGGACUACUGGUGUGUAUCCCUAUCUGACACCAGCCCUUGACUACUAAUAACUUAUGAAGAUGUGGAUUUUUGGCCAGUCGUAGCCUGAACAUAUUUGAGCUGGUGCUUGCCAAAGAGUGCUAGGGAAAAUUAUUAAUUUGGAAGUUUGAUAAAAAAAUUAUUCAUGUUAGAUUUUCUGUUUUACUUAAAUUUAGUUCUCAUUGACCCCAUCUUGCUAUUGAUGCCUUUAUAGCAUAACACAAAGAGAAUGUGUCAUCAGAAAAACUACCCAUUCUUCAAAUUUAACUUUUUAUGUGAAACAUUAUUAUUUUUAUUUUUUUUCCAGGUCAAUAUCUAGACCAAAAAAUAAUAAAACCUUGCAGUUUUUGUGCUGGCCUCUAAGCCUAAUAAUAUGCAGAUGCUUCCUCUUCUUUAGAGACGACGAUUUCAGCAGUCUUCUCAUCACAGGCAGGAUUACAAUGAAAGAUAACACCUCUGUAUAGAUAACACAGGAUCCACCACUUACAAUAGGUGUUGUCUACUCCUCCCUCCCUGCACAAUGACAGGACAUGCCUCUAAAACCCUACCAUGGAAGUCAAUGAGAACACUGAACAUUGUUGUAUCUGUGGACCUGUUGCUGCUGUCAAAAAUAUUUCUAAAUUCUCUUAAUAUCUCAAACAAGAAAGGCUGCCUCUAUAAUAUUGCAUAGAAAAUAGAGUAAAAAUAAAUCUAUAAUCAAAUAAAAACAGAUUUCACAAUCUGCUGUUAAUUGGCAGAGAAAAAAUUGUGACACGUUUCCAGGUUUAGAAAAGAGGAUCUACUCUGUCCUCCAGAAAUAGUGCUCCAUCCGACCAUGAGCAGAUUUUGCAAUUCAUCUUCAUUCGCUGGAGUUUGAAUGGGCUGCAAUACCAGACACACCUCAUGGACAUAUCUGUUGCUGGAGAGAAGAAGAUCCCCUUAUAAUUUUAGAUGUUAUAGUUUCAUGUUUCUGCAAAAUGUUAUUUAUCCAUCCUUGAAUUGAUGUAAUAGGAAUUGGUGCCUUGCACCAGUAGCACCAUGCUAAUAUUUGUAUUCUGUAUAUAACUUUAUUUUAUUGACCAGUUCCUCUUGAAACUGACUAAAUCGUAGAUUGUAUAAUGAACUUAAUGGUUAUUAAAAACAACCAACACAUUUAA